GAUAUAGUGAAUGCAGGGGGGGAGAGCAGAUAUAGUGAAUGCAGGGUCGGGGAGAGGGAUAUAGUGAAUGCGGGGUCCGGGGAGAGCGGAUAUAGUGAAUGUGGGGUCCGGGGAGAGAUGAUAUAGUGAAUGCAGGGUCCGGGGAGAGGGGAUAUAGUGAAUGCGGGGUCCGGGAGAAGCGGAUAUAGUGAAUGCGGGGUCCGGGGAGAGCGGAUAUAGUGAAUGCGGGGUCCUGGGAGAGCGGAUAUAGUGAAUGCGGGGUCCGGGGAGAGCGGAUAUAGUGAAUGCAGGGUCCGGG